AGGACCGCGCGGGCUCAAGAACAUCAGACGAUCGUCGGUGCCAUCCAUUCUCGACCAGGCCAAUUGAGCACUAUGUCUGCGGUUUAAUUGUCGUUGGACGCCUUUCAUUCGAUCACGCCUUGCUGCGCGCUCUUUUUUCCAUGAUUAUCCGGAACGACGCCAUCUGAAGGCAUUGCCUCGCUGCCACCGCAGAAAUGACUCCUCACCUGCAUCCGCGAUCGCGGACAACAUCCUCCCUCUUCGCCGCGACGCUUCUCGCUUCAUUCUUCGUCGUUGGCUUGCCUCACCUCUUUCCGUGCCCGGCACCCCACCGGACACUCGCGGAUUCCGAAAUGAUGGUCACAGCGGAUGGACAACAGAUUCAGAGAGUUCGGAGGAGGAGACGAAGAGAAUUGGAAACUUCUCAGCUAGGCAGCACCGUCUCCAGUCAACAGUUGCCGGCCACAGACGAUGAAGUCUCGACCUUCCUGCAGAUGGAAGAGGAAGCAGCCAGGCUAGAGAAAGUUGGACGAGAAUGCCCAGUCCCAAAGCCCGGUGGAAUAGUGGGAGAGAUACUCGGCUUUACAUCUCGAGGAAAGGAAUAACGGGGCGGUAUAUGUGAGGUUCUACGAUUUGAGCUGGCUUCGGCUGGUGGCUGCCAACUAGAGCGGCGUUACGCCCUCAUACCCAUGGCGAAACGCAAAAUACUCUCGUCUCUUUAUACGCAUAUCUAACUUUCACGGUGACUGUUUUUCAAUAUUCACAUAUUUCUUUUUUCUCGAAAAAUCGGCUGCUGGAUAAGAGUCUACGCAUUAGAGGAAGGCUAAGCG